AUGUCCGAUACCGUUGGCGACAAUGACGCAAGUAAUAUCACAUAUUUCGCCCGUCAUCCGGAGGAGCUACUUGAUGAAGCAGCUGCAUCCACUUCGUCCGGUGUUUUCGGUAAUUUCUUCAGCCGAAUAUUCAAGUCGACCAGAGAAACAGGUCCAGUACAACCGGAUUUGCCGGCCACGACGACGAUGGUUGCAAUGUCAGCUUCGGGAUCACAAGAAUUUCCAGAGCAGUCAUGUCCGGAUGUGCAGCCAGAACUUCGAUCACAAGGUGUUAUCACCCCUCGUUUUUUCCUUUAUUUUUUUGAUUUUCAGCUGUCCCUCUCCUCAUUGUUCUUUCUUGUUAUUCGUCUUUUUUUGUAUUCGUUACUAACGUAUAGUAUGCUGUGCGCAACACUUGUAUCAGUUCUUUACUCUCUUUCUCUUCCUUGA